AUGGCGACGACCGGCAGCGAGAUGUGGCUCCAGUGGUUCGCCUGCUGCUACCAGCCGGCCGCGCAGGCGCAGCGCACGCGGCGGAGAAUAGACCGCUCCAUGAUCAGCGCGCCGACCAACUUCCAGCACACGGGCCACAUAGGGUCUACCGACGUGGACAUGCCUUCAUCGCUGCUCCAUUCUAUCCAGAACCAGAUGCAGAGCAAAGGCGGAUACGAAAUGGCGUAUGGAGUCAAGGUGUAC